AUGACUUCUAACAAGCGUACUGCACAGGGAAAACAGCCGGAUAGUGACUCUGUUAUAUCGCCUCUUGCCAGCUUUUCAUGGAACAAUGCAACGCAGGAUAGCCAUCUUCAUUCCACAACGCCUCCAUUUAUACCUUCAUUUUCUGUAGAUUUAUUAUCUCCCGCAGAGUCACCUGAAUCAUCACCAUUGGCGUCGAAAUCAACUCCAAGAAAGCACUCAACAAAUGCAUUUUCAUCAUCAAAGUCUGCUUCGUCACAUUUAUCUUUAGAGACACCACCUCCAUCUCGCAAGUCAACACCGAAACCCAAGACUGUCUCACCUGAUACGGAAACGUCUCGAUUAUCGAUUCCUUUUAGCGAUGACUUUCAAUUCACAUUUUCACCUCCCACUCAAUCCACAUCGACGACCCCCUCGCCUAUUCAACUCAACACUAACCCACCUUUUGGGUCAGCACCUAGGUUUACGUUUUCAGCAACAUCUGAAUCACUAAACUCAUCUCCUUUAGAUUCAGACUCGACUGUUUUAUCCACGACAUCAGUAUCUCUGGACCCCGAUCAAGCAAUUCAGGCUGCACAGAUGGCAUAUGCGCAAAGCAACUAUACGGAAUCGAUACGACAUUACACAUCUGUUCUGCAAAUUGAUCCCGAGUCUUACGAUACGUAUUGCGAUCGCGCAUGCGCUUAUCGUAUGCUUGGUGACUACGCAUCCGCACUGGGAGACUUGUCAAUUGCAUUGACGCUCGAGCCAUUUACUUCGCGUGCAUGGUCACUCCGCGGCGACGUUUACCGAUUACAACAAUCGCACUUUUCCGCUCUGAACGAUCUCGCAAUGGUACUCGACCUUGACUCUGACAAUGGAUCUGCAUAUGCUACCCGUGCGGCCGUGUAUCAAGCCUUGGGUAAUGUGAUCGAAGCGAAAAAAGAUCUCGAGCGAGCUGUCAACGUAGAACCAGAGAAUGCGGACGUACUGGGGAUUGUCGGGUGCGUUUACCAUAAGUUGGGGGAACAUGAUACGGCUAUCAAGUUUUUGAAUAUGGCUCACAUAUUUGAGCCGAGUGAGAUGUACUGGGUAAAAAGAAGAGCAAAGGUAUAUCUGGCCCUGGAACGCUUCGAUGACGCAUUAAGCGAUGUCGAUGAGGUGUUGGAAAAGUCGGGCGAUGACUUGGGUGCUAUCGGUAUACGAGGAUGCGUGUAUUUUGCAAAGGGAGAAUAUCCAAGAGCGCUCGAGGAUCUGGAUUGUGCUAUAUCCGGUGGAGAAAAGUCGGCAUUUUUGUAUGGUUAUCGUGCGGCAGUUUAUAACGAAUUAGGACUAUAUGCAAAAGCGUUGGAUGACUUUGAAGUUGUGUUAAAGGCCGAUCCGAAUAAUGCAUUUGCACUAGAGCAGCGAAGGGUCAGUUUUGAGGCUUUGGGAGAUGAGUGCGGUGCGGGUGAGAAGGAACAGUGA